AUGGCACUAGGCCGUUUUGGCUCGAGUCGUCAAUCGAUAAGACUCCCUAGCCCCGCUAGCGCCCAGCUAAGCCGUUUGCGGCAAUGGCGCUCCACGGGCGCGUUUCCCUCCAGCUCGCCCGCCCGCUUCCCUCCAUCUCGCUCGACCGACGCGCCGCCCAAUGCACGCAAAUGUUCAAUGACGCGUCAAACGUCUUUUUUUGAUCAACUCCACCACCAAAAGCACUCCAAGCACCAAUGGCACCGCCAGCGCAACUACAGUAACGGCGCCCCUCCUGACCGUCACGUCGUGUCCGGUCCUCCCAUCUUGCCCUCCUCCCAGACCCGCGCCAAACUAAACAAAUUCCAAUUUGUCCCCAGCCUUUCCGUGCCCGACCACAACAUGUCAAAGACCGAUACACCUGUGGACUCCACGGCCAAAAACACUGCCAGAACCCCAGAUCCAAAGACGGCAUCUCUCAAGAUUGGCCCUCCUCCCUCUACCCCAGCCACGAGAUUACCGCUUGCCGAAUUGAUAGGCAACGUUGACCAUUCCGAUCGCUACAACCGCAAUCACGCCGUCUCACCAGAGGAGCAGCUUUGCUGGCGCGGCUCCCAACCCGUACAUACCCCCUUGCCGCGCAAGCAAAAGAGGGCUAGAAGCUCAUCACCCGUCGCACCGUCCCAGGAUGACCAGAGGCCGCAGGAACCGCCCCUCAGAGAAUUGCGCACUCCCCAAGCCGACCCCGUUCUGGAACUAUGGAACCGCUACACAAACACUAGAGACACCCCGAGCAGGAGGAACGUCGCCUUUGCCCAUCUCAUUAGUGAAGCUUCGCCUCGGUCCUCUGCAACGGCGGGGAGCGUGAGUGGUUUGCGUCGGUGGGCCAGCUGUGGCCUGGAGUUCCCAACGUCAACCAGGAAAAAGCGGAAGGUAGUCGGCACUUUUGAGCCGAUGGAAGAACUUCGCGAAGAUGUUUUUGGUCAACCAAGCUCAGAUGGAGCCUUCAAUGGCCAAGGCAAUGUACCAGAGAAGUCGAAACUGGCCCUCAUGAUGCAAAAGAUGCGCGAUACGAUACCUUCUCCUCGCAUAGGAGAUUGUAUGCAGAUGCCCUCCAGUUCCUCUCCGCUCCCUGAUCCUGACCGACUAGCAAUGACUGCUAUCGAUUCGCCUUUGAAACGAUUUGUUUGUAACCCGAAUCAUCCCACUCAACCCCAACCCGAGGCCUUGGCAGAAAGCAAGACUGUCCUACCCGAUUUUCAGAGCAGCACAGAGGUCGCGCAGAAGUCCUUCAGUUCUUCUUCAGAUGAUUUCGGAGAUCCGGAUCUGGACGCCGUUAUGGUCAAUGUCCUGGAUACCUCGACACAACGCUUACCCCGACCUCUCAACAAUCAGGUUCACCACCAAGCUCAGCUUGAGAAUAAUUUCUUGGAUACUGGAUCUUCUCGCGUGAUGGUUUCUCCUGUAGUGGACGACCCAAGCGAUGACGACGAAUUUGGGCUAGAUGAAGAGAUACUGGCUGCAGAUCUAGAACACGUUGCUUCAUUGUAUGACAGUAGGCCCGAAGCUUCACCGGGUAGACUUCAGACCGAGUCGGUGUUGAAUGUACAAGAAAAUAUGUUUACUAGCGAAACUGUGUCAGCUCCGCCAGUCAUCUCUCUGAUAGACGAUGACGAUGAAUUUGGAGAUGAUAUAGACGCUGACGAAUUUGCUGCUGCCGAGAUUGCAGCUACCCAAGCGCCUGUUACCACUAGCCAGCAUGAUACGAGAACUAUCCAGCGAUAUCUGAUUAAAUCAGUGGAUGAAAGAUUCUGGGUAACCGAGAGAAACAUCAAAUUACCCCAAAAGAUACUUCUUGUCGAAGAAGAGAGGACGAAACUUUUCAAAAUCAUUGUCUUGCGAGAAGCUUGGUAUGACACGCCGUGUACUCCGGACUCGUUCGUUCACGUCAUUGGGCAAUUCUCGAACGCAGGUGAAUGCGUCGUUGACAACAAUCACAACAUGAUCAUUCUUCACCCCGAUCAUCUCAUUUCGGCGACAGUGGUUGCGGACUCCUUCGGCUGCCUCAGGCGAGCGGUUCUCCAAGACCGUAUCAAGGCAACUAGUAACGCUAACCCCCCUAUGUUGUAUGGAACCCUAUUGCACGAAUUGUUCCAGGAAGCUCUCAAGGAGAACCGUUGGGAUACCCAGUUUUUUCUGGAGAUCAUCGAUCGCUUGCUACCCAGCAAAUAUGAGACCAUCCUAGAGAUUGACUCUAGUUGUGAAGAAGUCAAAGCACAUCUAGCCAGCAAGCUGCCUGAGAUGCAAUCAUGGGCUGAGCUUUUCGUCCGCGCGCGACCCAAGGAAGAUGCUAUCGUUCGCGAACGAAGCGGCAAACAGUCAAUACUGAGUGUCAACAAACUACUGGAUGUGGAACAGCACGUUUGGUCUCCCAUGUAUGGGCUGAAAGGCAAUAUCGAUGCAACUGUACAGGUAACUGUGCAAGAUGACCAAGGGGAGCGAACUCUUACCGUACCCUUCGAGAUCAAGACGGGAAGAGCCUCUGCAAAUUUUGCACAUGUUGCGCAGACUGCUCUUUACAGUCUGUUACUAUCUAAUCGUUAUGAUAUCAAUGUUGCUUAUGGUAUUUUGUAUUAUCUUGAAUCAUCCGAUACCAGCCGCAUUCCAACCAUUCGCGAAGAUAUCAUCCAUAUGAUUAUCAAACGCAACGAGCUUGCGUGUUACGUCAGGGAUCGCAUUGAGCUACCACCUCUCUUGAACCAAGACUUCAAAUGCCAGAAAUGUUACGCUCAGGAGUCAUGUUUCUUAUACCACAAGUUGGUCGAAGAUGGUCAAGGUGAAAGUCUAAAUCUAAAGGCAAAAGAGCGCUUCGAUGAGCUUGUCAAGUCUCUCAAGGUGUCCGAUCAGGCCUUCAUGAAGAAGUGGGACACGCUUCUUACCAAGGAGGAGUCUGAUAUGAUGAAGUUCAGACGGGAGCUGUGGAGCAUGCUCAGCGCUGAACGUGAAAAACUUGGCCGUUGCUUUGCUAAUGUCGUCUUGGAGCCUGGUUCUGGACAUGAGGAAAAGAACGGCCAGAAGAUCAACCGAUACACGUACACCUUCAUUAAGCCGCAAGUAAAACCCGGGUUCUCGUUCACAGAGUCCCAACUCGUCAUAGGUGAACCUAUUGUUAUAUCUGACGAGGAAGGCCAUUUUGCUCUCGCUAACGGCUAUGUGACCAAUGUACGGAAGCGUCGUAUCACUGUUGCCGUUGAUAGACGUUUGCACAACACCCGCACUAGACUGCCAGGUUUUGAUUCAGAGACAAAUCAGACUUUCGCCGGCAUCAUGGAAGUCGAGAAAGACGUUGCCACCCAGCCAGAAUUUCACGUAGCCGAGGAGCCGGUUUCAUAUCGGCUGGACAAAGACGAAUUUAGUAACGGAAUGGCCGCUGCUCGUAACAACCUUAUCCAGAUCAUGGAUGAUAGCGUUCACAAGGCCAAAACUCUCCGCUCUUUGAUCGUCGAAGGCAGACCGCCAACUUUCGAGACUCAACCCGAGACCAUUUCACAUUCAAACGGGAACAACAUGAAUGCAGAUCAACACGCUGCGAUAUCGAAGGUCAUGUCAGCCAAUGACUAUGCCCUCAUUCUUGGUAUGCCUGGAACUGGAAAAACGACCACAAUUGCGCACAUCAUCCGAACGCUUGUAGCUAAGGGUAAGAGUGUGCUCCUUACAUCGUAUACACAUACAGCAGUUGAUAACAUUCUACUAAAACUCCGUAACGACAAAAUGGAUAUCCUACGUCUCGGGGCACCGACCAAAAUACACCCAGAGGUGCGCGAGUUUGCCACCUUGGCAGCCGGCUCGAAAGACAGCCUUCAGGAGCUGAAGAACUCUUGGAUGGAUCCUCCCGUCGUUGCCACUACUUGCUUGACUAUCAACCACCCAAUAUUCAACCAACGCGUUUUUGAUUAUUGCAUCGUCGAUGAGGCAUCCCAAAUCACUUUACCUGUCUGCUUAGGGCCGAUCCGUAUGGCCGAAAAGUUCGUUCUCGUUGGCGAUCACUACCAGCUCCCCCCACUUGUUCAAAACAAACAGGCCCAAGAAGGAGGCCUCGACAUCUCCCUCUUCAGACUACUAUGCGAAGCUCAUCCCGGCGCUGUCACUAGUCUGGAGCACCAGUAUCGCAUGUGUGCUGAUAUUAUGCUCCUCUCAAACACAUUCAUUUACUCUGGCCGACUCAAAUGCGGGACACUUUCCGUUGCAUCACGACAACUGAGUCUUCCCAAUGGACUUGGGCUCGACCACUUUUAUCAGAGGCACCACUCCUCAAACUCUCUUCUCAAUCUUAUGUGCCCUGGUCCUACGUCUACGGUAUGCUGGUUGUCUCGGUCAAUAUCCCCGUCUGCUCCCGUGGUAUUCAUUAACACGGACUCGAUCUCGACUCACCUUGAAGCUCAAUCUGGAUCUCGCAUCACGAACGUCACAGAAUCACGCUUGGCGACACAGCUCACACUCUCACUCUUGUCUUUGGGCGUUCCCGCCGACGAGGUCGGCAUCAUCGCGUUCUACCGCAGCCAGUUGGCCCUCUUGCGUUCUUCCCUGAGCUCUGCCAACACUAAAACGCAAACUAGUGACUCUGCAACAGCCAAUACAGGUCCCGAGAUUCCGGCUGUGGAACUUCACACGGCCGACAAAUUCCAAGGUCGAGACAAAGAAGUGGUGAUUGUGUCUUGUGUGCGCAGCAACGAAAACGGUGUAGUGGGAGAUUUGUUGAAGGACCGGCGCAGGAUCAAUGUCGCACUCACUAGGGCACGGAGUAAGCUCAUCAUUCUGGGUAGCGAGAUGACGCUCUCCACCAAUGACCUGCUCCGGGACAUGGUGUCGCUUUGUCGCUGCCAAGGAUGGGUCAUCGAUGUGGACAGAGAUAUGCUGGAUGGCCAUGCAUUCGACGAAGGCUUUUCACAGUUGAGCAAAACACCCGGUUCUGUCAUGCGGCAGUCUGAUCGCGUCCUUGCAGCUCCCAGAAGCCCCACACCUAGUCCGACUAAGAAGCGCAAGGUUCUAAGGGACAUCACUGAUGCGAGCGCGGGUGGCAACCGCAACGUGCAACCCUUGAAGAGCAAACGAGUUGCGUGCCAGCUAUCUGAAACCAGUCCGCUGAGCGGGAAGAGAGUAGGAUUUAGAGCACCAAAUACAGUGUGCAAGGCGAACCAGAAGGGCGUGUUGGGUGGGAGACAUGUUUUGAGUAAUGUGUUCUACGAUGCACUGUAG